AUGGAGUCUGGUAGCGAGUCCCCUCUUGGCCCCAGCUGUACAGCGCAGCACGCUACUACGAGUCAUCACUCCACCCAGGCAAAGCGCAUUUCUCAAAUCAAAACAAAGUACAAAUAUGAGCGCGAUAAGCGCCUGCGACCAGAUGGCCUCCGGCAGUACCUCGAUCUGAUAUAUGGGCCAGCAAGCAUCGAACCGGGAGAUCGAGAAGCCCUCGGCAACCCGCAACUUCUUGACAAGAUACACCAUCGAGCUUUGAUUGUGGGAGCUGGCUUUGGCGGGUUACUAUUUGCCGUUCGCCUGAUACAAAGCGGAUUCUGUACCGCUGAAGAAAUUAUUUUCAUUGAUGAAGCUGGUGGCUUCGGAGGCACCUGGCACUGGAACAACUACCCCGGCCUGGAGUGUGAUAUUGAGAGCUACAUCUAUAUGCCACUCCUUGAUGACACAGCGUACAUGCCUACCCAGAAAUACGUGUCCGGAGUUGAACUGAAAGAUCAUGCGGAUCGCAUUGCGAGGCAAUUCAACCUAACAGAUCGUGCCCUUUUCAAUACCCACGUCAAAACAUUGACUUGGAAUGACCGACUGUUUCAUUGGGAAGCUCAAAUUCUUCCGGGGUUUGGUAUACCGACCAUGCUCGAAGCCGACAUUGUAAUUCUCGCGACCGGUCUUCUCAACUCACCCAAAGUUCCCAUCCUGCGAGGUGCACAAACGUUCGAGGGUCACGUCUUUCACUCCUCACGCUGGGACUGGAACUACACCGGAGGAACCCCGGAUAGCCCAGACCUAGUGAAUCUGAUUGAUAAAAGAGUCGCUGUGGUUGGAACUGGGGCAAGUGCUGUUCAGGUGAUUCCCGAGCUCGCCAACUGGGCUGAAAAAGUCCUAGUUUUCCAACGCACCCCCUCGUCUGUUGACAGGCGUGAUAAUUGUGUUACCCCAUUUUCCAUGGGCUUGGAGGCAAAUCAACCGGGGUGGCAACGACUGAGAAUGGAGAACUUCAACGCUUUUGUGUCAAAUGAGUAUCCUCUUCCGCAGGUGAAUAUGGUGAAUGAUGCGUGGACUCGGAUGCCGUCCUGGUCCGCCCUCGGAGGCGGACCUGGAAAUCUUCAUUCGACAUUUUUCCAUCAGGUGUUGGAUCAAGACUACCUCCGCCAGAUGAGACUUCAUCACCGCAUAGACUCGUCUGUUCAGGAUCCUGCUACUGCGGAGGCAUUGAAGCCUUGGUACCCAGGAUGGUGCAAACGACCGUGCUUCAGCGACACCUAUCUUCAGGCUUUCAAUCAAGACAAUGUGGUCCUGAUAGACACUGAUGGAAUGGGGAUUCGAUCCUUGACCCAAAAUGGUAUUCUCUUGGAUGACAUAGAGUAUGAGGUAGAUGCGAUCGUUCUGUGCACAGGAUACAGGUAUGGCAGCAGCGUGGACUGUGGCAAGCUGGUCGUUACCGGACGCGGCGGGGGCACCUUGAAAGGAAAAUCUACCACCGGGAUUAAAACCCUUCAUGGUGUCAUCAGUCGUGAUUUCCCAAACUUGUUCUUCCCAGGACCGUCACAGGCCGGGGCCACAGCAAAUCAGAUGUAUGUGCUCGACCAGCUCUCGAUCCAUGUCGGGUACAUCCUAUCGACUGUAUCGAAACUUGUUUCGAGUAGCCAGCCUAGCGGAAAGAGCUUGAGAUUCUCUAUUGAGCCCACUGUGGAAGGCGAGACACAGUGGACUGAGCAGGUUUUGACGCGCGCCUAUGGGGUCUCAGGUGUUGCCGAUUGCACUCCAAGCUAUUUCAACCGCGAAGGGCUGUACGCGAAAGAGGCCGUGAGGCUGACUGUCAGCCAGGCAAGCCAUUGGGGAGAGGGAAUCAAGGACUAUGUUGACCGCAUCGAGAGAUGGCGAGCAAGGGCCAUGCUGGAGGGAUUCGAGAUCAACACUUGUGAUAUCCAAGACUCCGAAGAAAUGUUUACCAUGGAUCUUUGA